AUGGCCGAGGUGGGCGGCGGCGAGGACGACCGCCGCAGCAGCGGUAGUGGCGGCGGCGGAGGCGACAGCAACAGACGCGGCAGCUGCGGCAGCGGCAGCGACAGCAGCAGCGGCGAUGACGGCGGCAGCGACAGCAUAAGUGGCAGCGACAGCGAGACCGAUCUCCCGGCGCUCCGUGGGCCAGAGGCCCGGCGGCUCGCCCGCUUCGACAAGCCGGCGGAACUCACCAGCCGCCGCACUAGGGAGAACCCUCGCCGAAGCCCGAGGUACGAGUCGCCCCCGUCGCCGACAAGUGCCGAAGCCCUGCUCGCCUCGGUGGCGAACCUGCCCGUCAGCAGCACGGAGGAGUUCACCCGCUGGAUGCUCUCGGCGGUGCUUCACGUGGCGGGGGGGCUAGAGGCGAGGGUGGUGCGAGAGUUGCUGUCCGAGCGCGCGGACGAGGACCACGUUUCGCGCCAAGAGGCGGAGGACUUCCUGCUGGGUACGGUGGACCUCAUGCUCAACUCGCCAGACGCCUUCGAGACGACUCUGGCGUCCCCCGAGCUAAGUGAAUCCCCCAUAGGCAAACGUUCGAGUGAAGUAGAACCCCCCCCCAUGACCGUAGCCGGCGUUGCCAAGUCUGUGUACAGAGAUGGGUGGGAACAGGCAGCCAUGAGAGAAGAGUUUGAAGGGCACUUGGACACAGGGACGUUUUCAUUCGUAGACGGCGCGCCAGGGGGGCGAAGGCCUGGGAGCUCAAAGUGGUGUUUUAGUUGGAAGACCAACAAGGAAGGGAAGAUGGAAAAGUUCAAAGCGCGUCCGGUGGCUAGGGGGUUUUCGCAAUUCCCGAACGUCGAUUAUUUCCAUUCGUCUUCCCCUUGCCCAUCAUCCGCAUCCAUCAAACUCAUGCUUGCGGUAGCAAACGAAAAGGGCAUGAACCUCAAUCACUGGGAUGUGAAGCAGGCGUACACACAGGCCACGUUAGACGAGAAGGUUUUUCUGAAGCUCGCCGCUGGGUGUGGGGAAAAAUCGCAUAAAACUGUUAAGGCUGACCGUGCGAUCUACGGUCUGAAGCAGAGCGGUAGGCAGUGGAGGUACCACGCUGCUGAUACGCUAGUCGAGAACGGGUUUGAACAGUGCAAGGCGGACCCGUGUGUUUUCCGCAAAGUUGGUAGACGAAGUCGUGGUGAUGAUUAUCGUGAUAAAUGUGGAUGACAUUUUGGUGGCUGGGUGGGUCUGACGAGGAUUGCGAGGAGUUGCUUGCUUCUCUCUACAAGGAAUUCCCCACCAAAAAUGUGUGAGAAUGCGAAUGGUUUGACGGGAGUGCCAUCGAGAGAGAUGUAGAGGAUGGGACUCUUAAA